AUGUCGUCGUCGCAGCAGCGUCGGUGGACGGCCUAUAGGGGGCGGAGCUUCCCCGCCCUGCUCUUCCUCCUCCACCUCCUCAUCCUCACCUCGUCGCCUCCGCUCGCUCAGGGAGCCAUACACAUCCCCCCAAGCUGUGAAAACACGCUCACGGUGCUGCCCAGUAACGACGUCGCUCACGGCAGGAAGCCUCACUUCUUCAGUCCGACUGGAGCUCGAAGUGCAGUUUUUGCUCUCAGAGGAAACAGCCUGACCCUCGAAUGCAUCCCCAAAGGCCUGCCAACCCCUAAGGUGGAGUGGCUGAAGAAGGAUGGAGCUCUGGAGGACACCAGCUCUGAGGUGGAGAGCUUCGGCCGCUGGCUUCACUUCCAGAGCGUGGAGCAGACGGAUGACGGCGAGUACGAGUGUCGCGCCUCCAACGCUCACGGCUACACGACGCACUCCUUCAGCGUCACCGUGGAAGCGGCGCCGUACUGGGUGAAGGAACCCCAGAACCUCCGCUACGCUCCAGGAGAAACCGUCCGGCUGGACUGUCUGGCUGAAGGCAUCCCCAAACCGGACAUCACCUGGAGCAUCAACGGGCAACCAAUCUCAGACGUGGACCCAGAUACUCGCCUCAGCGUAUCUUCUGGGGUUCUGAUCCUCAGAGACGUGGGUUUCUCCGACAACGCCGUCUAUCAGUGUGAGGCCUCCAACAAACACGGCUCGGUUCUGCUCAACACCUUCCUGUUCGUCGUCGAGCUUCCUCCUCAGAUCCUGUCCUCUGACGGAGUCGUGUACCGAGUGAUGGAGGGAGGAGAUGUCCAGCUGCACUGUGAAUCCUUCGGCUCGCCCAGACCCCACGUCACAUGGGAGGCAGAAGAGGAUCUGGUUCCGCUGCUGUCGGACCCUCGAGUGUCUCUUCUGACCAACGGCACCAUCGAGCUGACCAACGUGAGCCACGACGACAGCGGCGAGUACAAGUGCUCCAUCAAGAACGCCAACAUCUCCAUCACGGCCAACCUGGAGGUCUUCAAUCGGACCGUCGUCCUGGCCGGGCCUCAGCACCUCCGAGUCGUCCGAGGAGGCGACGCGCUGUUCGACUGUCGCUUCUACAAAGACCCUCGUCUGCACGACGUCCAGGUGGUCUGGAAGAAGAACGGACACAAGCUGCAGGAGUCCUCGCCGGACGACAAAUACACAAUCUUCAGGAACCGAACCCUGAAGCUAACCGACGUCCAAUCAGAGGACAGCGCCACCUACUCCUGUGAGGUCAUCAGCAGACUGGACCACGUCAACGCCCGCGGAUCCAUCACCGUCGUCGCACCGCCCGACCCGCCCGGCCAGCUGUCUCUGUCGGACACCAAGGACCACAGCCUGACGCUGAGCUGGACCCCCGGAGCGUCACACAACAGCCCCAUCACCGGCUUCAUCGUGGAGGCCCGGGAGGAGCAGCACCAGGACGAGGCCCGGUGGAGGUGGGAGCAGUGGGAGCAGGUUCCGGGAGAUGUCAACCACCGGCAGCUGAAGCUCAGCCCGUUCUGCAUCUACAGCUUCAGGGUCGUCGCCGAGAACGAACUGGGCCGGAGCGAGCCGAGUGAACCGUCGGGGCCCCGCAGCACGCCGCCUGCCGUGCCGUCCAGCAACCCCAUAAACGUCACCAGUAACUCGUCAGAACCGGGAACGCUGGUCAUCACCUGGGCGGAGAUGGACAAACGCUCCCACAGCGGCGAGGGUUUCCAGUACAAGGUUCUGUGGCGGGAGGCGGACAGCAGCGACCUGCGCUGGAACACCGGCUUCGUCAAGUCGCCGCCGUUCCUGGUCAACAACACGGGAACGUUCACGCCGUUCGAGAUCAAAGUCCAGGCCGUGAACGCCAUCGGAGCGGGGCCGCCACCGGAGGCCGCCAUCGGACACUCCGGAGAGGACACGCCACAGGAAGCUCCGACCGGCGUCUCCACGUCGGUCAACAACAGCACAGUGACGGUGACGUGGAACCAGGCCCAGAAGGUCCGAGGCCAUCUGCUGGGAUACAAGAUCUACAUCCGGAGGUUGGGUCCUCAGGACAGACGCCGCCGCCGCUCACCGGGAAAACACCACCAGGAGGACCGGGAGGGCCGAGCGGACCGGGGCCGGGACCGGGAGCUGGACCGGGUGGUGGUGGUCUGGGGCUCCAAGACGUCGGAGGAGGUGACGGGCCUGCGGCUGUUCUCCCACUACCAGCUGUCGCUCACCGCCUUCAACAGCAAAGGAGAGAGUCCGGCCUCGACGCCACACCUGUUCAACACACCUGAGGGAGUUCCUGGUCCUCCUGCAUCGCUGACCUUCGACAGUCCAACAGAGAAGUCUCUGAUCCUCUACUGGACGCCUCCUCUGGAAACCAACGGCAUCCUGCUGGGAUACAUGGUUCAGUACCAGAACGAGGUCCAGAGCAGUCACCUGGAGAUGCAGACCAUCAGCGACCCCAACGUGAACCACGUCCUGCUGGAGGACCUGGACCCCAGCAGUUACUACAUCCUGAAGGUGAUCGCUCGCACCGCCACUGGAGACGGAGCUCCCAUCGAGCUGAGGGGCGCCACCCUGCUGGACGGAGUUCCUCCGUCCAACAUCACCGUCACCUCCAGCAACACGUCCUUCAACCUGAGCUGGGUUCCCGGAGAGCGGGACCGGAACCACGGCUUCCACAUCGAGUACAUGAAGAAGCCCGGCGCCGCUCAGUUCGAGAAGUCGGAGCUGCUCAACUCCACGCAGGGCUUCUACUCGCUGACGGGCCUCCAGCCGGGGAGCGAGUACCACCUGCUCAUCAAGAUCGGGAACGACACCCAGUGGGAGGCGGUGAAGUGGACCGACGGACCAGUGCCGUCGGAGAUGCCCGGAGGUUUCGCCACUCAGGGCUGGCUGAUCGGACUCAUCAGCGCCAUCGUGCUGCUGGUUCUGAUUCUGCUGAUUCUGUGCCUCAUCAAACGCAGCAAAGGAGGAAAAUACGCAGUGAAGGACAAGGAGGACAAGGAGGUGGACUCUGAAGCUCGGCCCAUGAAAGACGAGACCUUCGGAGAGUACAGAUCUCUGGAGAGCGACGCCGACGAGAAGCGCUCCGACAGUCAGCCGUCUCUGUGCGGCGAGAGCAAGCUGGGCAGCGACGACUCUCUGGCCGAGUACGGCGACAGCGUCGACAUCCAGUUCAACGAGGACGGGUCCUUCAUCGGCCAGUACAGCGGCCGCGGGCCCGUCCCCCACGGCAACGAGAGCUCCGGCCCCGCCUCCCCCGUCAACGCCGUCCCGCCUCCCCCCAUCGCCCCGUCCAUGUCGAGCAUCCUCAACCGGCCCAGCUAGACACGAACACACCACCGCAACACGACACACACGACACCACGACACAAAGGGACAGACCACUCCUGACUCACUGCCGGUCUCAGUACAUUCCACAGGUUUCUGCAGUGAAGCUGUUUACAGGACGUCUCGCCUUUUCUAUUCCAGUUUACACACAUUUACACUGAAGACACACACACACACACAAACCCAUGAGAUCAGAUGGUCCUUCUGUUGGACGGACAGCAGCCGGCUGCACCAGCUCGUCGCAACUUCAAGCCGGACGUUACUGCAGGUUGCACCGAAAAACACCGGUUCUGAUCGGAACAGCCAAACAGAAAGAUCUUGUUAGAAAAUCUCUUUUUUUUUAUUGCUCAAGGCUGUUUACACAUCAUUACCAUUGACUUCAGUUGAAAAAAACAAACUAAAACUUUACUUUAAUAACCAAAAGCACCAAAAACAUUCUUCAUAGACAACUUCCUCACUCAUUUGGACACGUAGGGUUGUUCAGUAGCUUUAUAUUUAAUCAGAUGCAUUCAAAUGUAUGAUUUAAAGGGAGUUUAAUCACAUAAAAUCAGCCUCCGCUAGCAGCCGCCGCUAUCCUGCUAAGCUAGGCUAGUUAGCUUUUAGCCUCAGGCAAGAAUUAAGCAACAGUUUAAAGCAGCAGCAGCACGAUGGAAAAUAUCGACUAAAUCUGAACUAUCACAGAAUGAAACUGACUGGUUCAGUGCUCGCAAAAGAAAAUCGUCUCCUAAAGUUUUUUUGUAGCGCUUAGAAUAUUUCUUAUGUUUAAAGGAAACGUGGAUUUAACACCUGCUGGAGUUCAGAGCGUCAAAUAAUCCUCAGUGGAGGUUUGAGAAAAGGCAAAUAAAUUCUGUAAAUGAUCGAAAUUAAUAUGAUGGCAGCAGUGAUACAGAAGAAGUGUGAAUAUUAGCUUCAGCUAGCAUAAAUUAGCUUCAGCUAGCAUAAAUUAGCUUCAGCUAACGUAGCUCUCUUGCUAGCUGUGACUGACCAGAGUGCAGCUGCUGCAGCAUUUUAUUUCUCUUUCACUAGAAAAGUCCACAUCUUUGGCUUUAUAAUGUUUAAGAUGUAAUAAUUAGUGUGUUUUACGUUUUCUGACCGAUGUUGCUUCGUAUCCGAUUCACACAUUCCUGAACAUCUUCACUGGUGUUUGACGGCUGCAACCACAUUCACCAAGUUUAAACAUAAAAAGCAGUAAAACUGAGAACAGACGUUCCACUCGGAGCCGGUGGAGGAUUUCCGACCGGCUGGUGCAGCUCAGCUCAGGAGGGGAAGAAAAAAGGGAAAUUCAUCCUUCACCCGUGACCAAAAUGUCUCGACUGCAUUGUUUCGUCGCCUACAAGCAUUUAAGUCUCGUUUAGUUUCAUUAACACUUUUAAAUCAUUUUUAUACAGUUCUUCUGCACUCCUUGUUUCCAGGCUAUUUAUUUGUGUUGUGUGCAUGCGUCGGGAAUGAUUCUGCUAUUUAUUGACGCGUCGGAUGCAUGUCGGCCUCGAGCCGUUCUUUUUCCGAACCUUUCCGUUGACGUCUAGCGUCGUUUGCAGCGUGACUGUUGGUUUGUGUGCGAUUGUUCGAGCUCUCCGUCCUGCAGCGACGGGAGAAAUGUUGCCUUAAGAGUUGAGCCUCCUCUUCUUCCUCUUUCUGUCCGUCAGUCAUCCUCACAAACACUCAGUUCCCAUCGCGCUCCCGUUUGCUCGGCAGGUCAAUCUGCUGGAUCCGGACGUGACGCCGACUUAACAAAACACGAGUGAAGAAAAUGAAGAAAACUGCUUCGUCAGUUUGAGAACAAUAAAUAGAGAAACGCUGCAGCUCUUUGGGCAGCCUGCUGUUGUCAGAUUGGCGAUAUCUUCUCCAUUUGCUUGUGUUUUCUAAGUUGCGGUGCAGGUCGUGAUGCUCAUCGUCCCUCCGAGGCAGAAGUAGCUCAACAGUAGUCGUGUUUCUAUACAUUCAUUUAAAAAAAAUGAAGUGAAGUUUAAAAUGUCAGAAGAAAUAGGCUUUUUUUCCAUUAACUGUGUUGGAGAGAAUGAGAAUGUGUCGUCUGAAGGUGGCGCUACAGGCUACAUGGCUGUAAUAAACCAGUUGUUUGCCAACUGCUAAGACAAAAAACAAUCAGGAAGUAGAGUCUGAAAGUCUUUGUGCCAGCUGCCGUCGGCCAUGUUUCCUGCUAUAAAACAACUCAACAAACAGCUGAUCUCAGGUGUCGGUUACAUGUUUACUGAAGUGUUUCCAUCGACCCAACUGUUUCUAGAAACUUGGGAAUUUUUUUGCCCUUUCUUUAAUGCAACACAAGGUGCAAUCAAAGGAGACUGUGCCUGUAUAAACCAAAAACCUGACAAACUUGUAGUAAUCCGGCCGUGCGGCGACGCUCUGCUCCCAGAGCUCCUGCAACACCGGCGACACUCCAGGAAGCCUGUCGAGCAUCAACUGCAACGAUCUGAAUCUCUUCAAAUGUCAAACUCUUGACCUUGAAUUUAAUUUCGGGGGAAGAAGUUGCAGUAGAGCGAAGUCGUCGUCACAGCAGACGAAUACAUGUUGAUGGAAACAACAAUCGGCGUCUCGGUUUUCCUUCUGCAGCGUUUCGACUGUUAAACUUCUUCUGUCGAUGGUAGCUGCAGACACACAUCUGGGCAUCUUGAGGUUUGGAUCAUCCAGCUGCUAAAUGCUGCGAACAAUAACUUCCUCAUGUUGUUAGCGCGAUGCUACGUUGUCUUGUGACUCCACUGCUAGCUCGUGUUCCAUACAACAGCCCAGAGCUUUUCGACGGUGAUAAAACGUUGUAGAAACACUGCUACUGAAGCUGCUGUCGAUGCUGUUUCUUAUUCUCAGAACAGAAUCAAAGCUCCAUGUCAUCCGUUUACCUGCUGUACCUGGAUUUGGCCACAAGGUGUCGCCAUUUGUCACUGUACUGUUUGAAGCCAACGCAACGCUUCGUCUGCAGAAACAAACACACAACAUGAACACACACAUGCACACGAAGCCCGGCGGCGGCGGCGACGUGGAGGGUCGGUCCUCUGUAGCAACACGAACCCUCUGGAGGGAGUCGGAGGACGGAGGAAGAGGAGGAGCUGACCGAAAUAGAGAACCUGACGUUCUCUGAAUGUACAUAGAACCUUGAGAUUGUCAUUUUUUAUUAUUUCCAUUGCUUCUUUUAUAUGAGAUGAUCAAAUUGUAAUUUUUUUUAUGACCUGUUUGAUUUCAUCACCUCCCGUCAGGUUUUCCUGUUAGUCGCCCCGAGACGUUUAGAACAGACUAGAACCAUAGCGCCGCCCCUCCCCUCCACCCACCCACCUUCCUUUAUAGCGCUUAGAGACGCAGCAGAUGAUAAUUAUGAUUAUUAAGAAGUUAUGUCAUAAAUGUUAACAUUUAUACGCCUGGCCAGGGCAGGUGAAAGUGGACAGACCAGACGUCAUUUAUGAUUUAUUUCGUUGCCUUCAGACGGCUGCUCAGCUCGUAAAAAAACAAACUCAAUAAACGCCGAAGGAUCUCUGGAAGCUUCCCGGAGUUUUAACGUCGGAGGAGCAGAACGGGACCCAAGAGGCCAUCGGUUCCUCCAAUGUUCGGCUUCUUAUUGGCGACAAAUCCCAUGAAAAGACACAAAACCGGCAAUUUCUGCCGUCUGUUGGUUCUAUUUUCAGCUUUUGGUUGUCGAGUGUUUGUGACAGCAGGUUGGCGGAUGUGAUUUUCCAACAGUUCCGGGCCAGCUGGCUCUCACCGCAGACUGAAAUCUGGUGCUGCAAUCAAACCGAGAACAUGUCAGCGGACUGAAAUCAUCGUCGCCCAAUCGAUCUCCCCGCAGCCCAAUUCUAAAACUGCAUAAAAAGCUGGUGUUUGCAGCACAUUAAGUCAUUCUAACCUGGUUGUUUUAUAUUGAAAUUAUAGGAACAGAUGUACAUAUUCAUAUCUGAAAACACCACUGGAGCUAUCGAGGAAUACAGCCGCAAAGACGACGACUUUUAAUGUUUGGGCAACUAAAAAACGUUCAGGAUGUGCUUCAAAGGUAUAAACGUGCCCAGAUCUCCUUCAGCAGAACAACAGCCGCCUCCAAGCAGCAACCUACAAGCUGAAAAGUUUUGUCCAAGGUUGGUUUUAAUUCUGGCCUUCCGGUGUUUGGAGUGGUACCGCUGCUGCAUCCCGGGCUGAGCUUCCCCCACGACAACCCAGAAACCAGAGCAGAACGAUACCAAGCUGCAGCGCUAGAAAUAUACAAGUCAGAUCUGACCGGUGGGUUGGGCCGGAUCAAAGUUGUCGUGUUUGUUCCUCCUGCUACCAAAACUAAAGGAUUAAUCGUGGAGAGGUGUCACAACAGACCAGAGCUGGUUUGUGUUAUUUUCAUGGGAUUUAGUGAGAAAAAAAAAAAUACAAAUGGCAAAAUCUGAGAAAGACGUGACUUGAUUUCUCGUUCUGAGUCAUUUGGGACCAUUUUUAAGUCAUUCUGGACACGUUUGCAGCCAUUCUGCACAAAUUUAAAGUCGUUUUGGACAGUUUCUAAGUCAUUUUUAUCUUUUUUUUAAAAAAGCAUUUGGUCAUUUUUAGACAAGUUUUUCAGUCAUUCCUUCUUUAAGUACUUUUAGCUUUUUUUAGGACGAUGUUUUGGUGCUUCUGGAUCAAGAUUUUGUGUCAUUUUGGACCAUUUUUGCUCGUUUCUUUAGUCGCCCUGGAUACAUCUAAUAAGGUUUUGGGUUACUUUUCAUGGUGUCGAAAAAGGAAAGCUGUAAACAAGAAUGAACGUUUGUUUUUGUGUUCCGAAGCCGCAGCAGUAAUAAUCUCUGUUCAUUUUCACGUCUUUAAUGGUCUUAACUUGUUGCCUUGUCGACCGUCUCCAGGCCUCGACGCUGCUCCUCUACACUGAUGCUGACUGUUUGUACAGCCGCCCGUCUGUCUGUUUGUCUGUCCGUCUGUCCGUCGCAGCCUUCUUUUAUACAUACAAACACGUCGGGGAGAAAUAAAGUAAAUUACAAAAAACCACAUCAUAAAAAAACUGGUAAAACAAAACAAUAAAAAAAAGACAAAAAAAACUUUAGGUAUAAAUAAUAACCAAACCGCUAACAACGACAACAACAGCAGCAGCAGUGCUACCGGGAGCUGCGAUGGCGCCGCCAGCGGGUCGUCGACCAUGUAAUCGCAGCAGGAGGUUCUGCAGCACUGAGGUGUGCUGAUGUUGUACCUGCUUGUUGCAUUGUGCUGUUCUGUAUCCGACAACUAACCCAGACUGUCAACUAAUAAUAAACAUGGACUUGGCAUAUCCUGAAA